AUGCUCAUCAAUCUGUCGGCCGAUGAGGAGGUGCUGGCGAAUCUCGCGGAGGAUGACGCUUUCGUUGAAACCCUUCUCAUAAAACUGACGAACGUCAAGGAACCCAAUGCAGACGAUGUCGCGAUGCUGCUGGCCAACAUGGUCAAGUCGGACAACAUGACCCGGAUCCUGAACUUGAAACGGAGAAUCCCCGAGGCCGUGUCGACCUCCGCGAACGCCAUUGACCAACUGAUGGACUGUUUCGUGAAAGGCGCCGAAGGCGGCCUCAACAAACACGCCAACUACGACUAUCUCUCCUACAUUUUCGCCGACAUCUCCAAGUCUGAAGAAGGCCGGGCGUACUUCACGACGAGGCAGGAGUACGACGGGGUCGUCCCGGUGACGAAGCUCACUGUCUUCACCGAGCACAAGAGCGAUAUCCGUCGGAGGGGCGUUGCGUCAACUAUCAAGAACGUCGCGUUUGAUGUCCCGUUCCAUCCUACUCUCUUCUCCGAGGACGAUGCAAACCUUCUCCCGUAUAUAUUGCUUCCCAUCAUGGGCCCGGAGGAGUUUGAUGUGGAGGAGACCAUGGAUAUGCUGCCCGAUCUCCAAAUGCUGCCUCCGGACAAGAAGAGAGAUAGCGAUCACAACAUCAUUGUAACACAUCUUGAAACGUUGCUCUUGCUGACGACGACACGGGAAGGUCGCGACAAAAUGAGAGCCGUGAAAGUCUACCCGAUCGUUCGAGAAUGCCAUCUCCAUGUGGAUAGUGAAGAGGUUCGCGAAGCGUGCGAUCGGCUGGUUCAAGUCUUGAUGCGUGACGAGGAGGGCGAGGGAAAGCCCAUGCCUCAGCUGGAAGGUGUCCCCAGUGAACAGCAAGCGCAAGAUGAUGACCAGAAGGUUGUGGAGCUGUUCUAG